GGCGGAGAAGAGCGACAUUUGCAAUCGACAAUGAACCUAUGCAGGUCUCUUGGAAGAAUUAAUCGGAUUUAUAGAAUUUGAUGUGGUGUUCUCAUCCUCAUCCUAGCUAGCUAGCUAGCUAGCUGUCAUGGAUCCUCUGCCGGAUAUAUACCCCUUGACAAGCUUGCAGAUUGGGGACAUGCAGUCUUACAUCUCCCGGGCGUUCCUCUACUUUGCGCCGGUGAGCAAGAAGGUGUUGAUUCUGGUUGACAACCAGCCAUGGAUGACCAGCAAGCAGUCCAGAUCCGCAAGGCUAUGGCAGUUCAUGAUCACAAAGAUGCAUGCAUGCAUGAUGAUAAAAGCUUUAGGUCGCAUGCGGCAAUUGAUGCAGUACAGGAUGUCUCCAUUCGUGAAUUCGAGGGACAUGGCGGCCACAAAAACUGCAUCAAGGGCGACGACGACGGCGAUGCGUAGGUGGCUGGCGGUGGCCAACUCAACCCCUGCGCUGCUCCAUGGGUUCCUGGUGUUCGAGGUGUCAUGGCGGGACGUGCAUGGCAUCAACUACUACAACGACCUGCUCACCGACACCUCCCUCGCACUGGAGGCGCGCUACCUCAACAAGUGGGAGUUUUACAGCGCCGAGCAGGCCGCCGGCUGCGCGUCUCAGUGGUUCCUCGGCGGCGCCUCCGAGACGCAGUCCCUCCGAGGAUACCUCCUCCACUAUCACCACCACCACCACCAUCAUCGUCGUCCUCGUCCUCGUCCUCGUCCUCGUCACCACCACCUCUCAAGGUCGUCGGCAUCCGCCGGAGAAGAGGAGGAAGCACCCGAGGACGUGAUGAUGCUGGCCGCCAGCAGCAGCGGCGAUGACAAGUCCACGCCGACGUUGAGGAGGAGGAUGAGCUGGCGAAGCAGGGCCAGGAGAAAGAACGACGACCUACAACUACAACAGCAGGGGCAGGGGCAGGGGGAGCGCGAGGAGGAGGAGGGGCACGAGGAGGAGGUGCGGAUGCAGAUGCAGAUGCAGCAGCAGCAGCAGUAUAGGAGGUACAGCGACACGUUGCUCCUGUUCCGUUCCCGUGACGCGGCGCUGCCGUUCAAGCUCCGGCAGAUCAUCAUGUCGGACAUCCGGCUGCUGACGCUGCUCGAGUCCGGGUUGCCGUCGUGGGUCAUCUUCCUGCAGUCGUACCCGGUGGUUUGCCACAUGUACCGGCCGUGGAUGCGGCCCCUGGCGCGGAGCCUCUACGUGGUGGCCUCCCUCGUCACCGUCAUCAUCGGGUUCUACGACCUGUACAAGAACGUGCCGCUGCUCAAGUCGGCGGCGGCGCGCAUCUGCGGGCCGCUGUUCGAGUGGAUCGAGACGUGGGACAUGGUGACCCGCAUCCAAUACCUGGGCACCAUCCUCUUCCUCCGUAACCUGCGCAAGUUGAUGCAGGGGCUGCUGACGCUGAUGCACGCCGCCAGGGCACUGCUCCGUCUCAUGCUGGCUCCGCUAGGGCUGUGCCACUUGCUUGGCACGGUCACCCUCCUAGCCUCGCACGCGUGGGAGCUGGCGGUGGACAUGGCGGAGCUGGUGUGGGCGCCGUUCGACGUGGUGCUCGACUGCGUCGCCGGACUGAUGGGGUCCUUGUGGCCGGUGCUCAAGGUUGGUACGUUCUACAAGCAAGCAAGCACGCAGGUGGUGGUUCUGCCGGCGAGGCUUGCGGUAGCGGUGGUAGGGUGCGCGGGGUCGGUGUUAUCCAAUACCUACAACUUCUUCAAGGACAUAUGGGAGACUCUGAGUAGCAUCUUCGAGCUCAACCACAUGUCGGAGGCGCAACAGACCGCCUUGGCCUUGGACAUGACCACGCUCAAGACCUUGUGGAAUGACCUCUUCUCCCAGAUCUUUCGGGCCAUCAGAGGCAUCCUCAAUGGCAUCCUUGUAUUCUUCUACGCCUGCAACAGGCACAGGCUCAGCAUCUACAAUCACGCACACACAAGGUUGCGACAUAUGCUUCGUGUCGCUAGAUUGGCACCAAAACAACGUGCAUCAUGCCACUGCAACUCCACCAAGCACCAAAACCAUGAGGAUGCACCCGUCGAAUGCCAUGUAUGCAAGUGAUCAAUCCUAGAUAAAUAUAUAUACACUCUUGCAUCAAGUGAGAGCCACAAGUGAUAUCACUAGCUAGAUGCAUGGGUGUCGUUUGUUUUGUCAAAGGGCGCCCGAGUUGUGUACAUAGGACUGUAAUUUCUUUUCUUUUUCUUUUCUUUUUGAGUAAGGGUUUGUAUCAAGUAGAUAUAUAUAUAUAGGGAAAACAUGUUCAAUUGAUUCCACCUCCCAUCUUUGGAUUACUAAGGAAGUGCCCCCAUAUGAUACGUGUAUGUUGAUCAAUAGAUACGAGACGGAAGAAGAGUGGAUAAAUCAUAUGGAAAAUCUAAA